GGGCCCACCCGCUAGCGAAAGCACUCCUAUACAUAAAAUUUGGACAAAAACGGGGGGGGGUGUUUUUCUGUUUGCUUGAUACUCUGCCUUUUCCACCAAAGAUCUCCAAUUGCCAUUUGAUCUCUGUAGCAUUGGACCAUGUCAUUUCUGGGUAUCUACAAGGCGACGUAUGCGUACGUGCCUCAGAACGACCAGGAGCUGGCGAUUGACGAGAACGACCUCCUGUACCUGCUGGAGAAGUCGGAGGUUGACGAUUGGUGGACUGUGAAGAAAAGAGUUGUGGGUGCUGACGCCGAGGAGCCUGUUGGGUUGGUUCCCUCCAAUUAUAUCGCUCCUGCCGAUGCCAUUGGCACUGCUCGUGCACUGUAUGACUAUGAUAGACAGACAGAUGAGGAGCUUUCAUUCAAGGAGAACGACCAGUUCCAAGUGUACGACGAUAAGGACCCGGAUUGGAUCCUGGUAUCGAAGUCGCAAGAGUACGGUUUUGUCCCGGCAAACUACAUCGAGAUGAGACCUGGUGCCUCUGCUGGUGCCACUGCCGCCCCAGUGGCUCAAUCGCAGCCACUUGAGUCCUUUCCACCACCACCAUCGCAUCCAACGGUUGCGUCCACGCCGGCAAAGGCUGCGCCAGAACCGGUCUUGCAACCGCCUCCGCAAAGAUACGACAGACCAACGAGCUCUGAUAAUACACAGCAGGGAUACGACGACCACGAGGAGGAAGAGGAGGAGACUCCUCCUGCGUUGCCUUCUAAGCCAAGACCUCAGUCCGUUGAUCAAGGCUCUCGUCGUUACUCCUCAGAAGAAGAGGCGCCGCCGCCAAAGCCAUCAAGGCCAACCACGCAGGACGGCUCCUCGUCAUCACAGCGCUUCAACGAUGAUGUCGGUGACUUGUACACGUGGGCGGUCAGUGAGGUUGACGGUAGAAAGAAGAAGAAGGCCAUGCUUGCAAUUGGUAAUGGUAACAUCUACUUCUCGCCAGACUCUGUCAACGGAGGAUCCCCACAGCAAUGGAGAGCACAGGACCUCCUUUCUUUCAGUUCUGAGAAAAAGCACGUCUUUCUCGAGUUCAAGGACCCUCUCUACUCGCUGGAGAUCCACGCCGGUACUAAUGAGGUUGCAGCCCAGAUACUGUCAGUGCUGGGUGAUUUGAAAGGUUCGGUUUCCCAAAAGGGGUUGAAAGAGAUCAAGGAUGCUUCAUCGUCGAAAGGCUCGAAGAAGAGAAGCGGUAAAAUCCUUUACAACUUUGAAGCAGAAGGUGCUGAUGAGUUGAGUGUUCGUGAAGGUGAUUCUGUCACCAUUAUAAACAGCACAAAGUCUAAGGAUUGGUGGCUGGUGCAAAACACCGUCACUGGAAAGGCGGGUGUUGUUCCUGCACAGUUUGUCGAGCCCGUGGCUGAAGAGAAACCAAAGAGCUCCUUGGCCAGUAAGUUCAAACUGUCAAGAUCCAAAUCGAAGGAUAACUUGAAGAAGGCCAAGCCGGAAGAAGAGGAGAGAUCAAAGUUGUCCUUACCGAAGAGUUCUCGUGUCAGAACUUGGGAGGAUCGCUCGGGUACUUUUAGAGUGGAUGCCGAGUUCCUCGGUGUCGUUGAAGGUAAAAUCCACCUGCACAAGACAAAUGGAGUGAAGAUUGCAGUUGAUGCAGGAAAGCUUUCACUUGCAGACUUGGAGUUUGUUGAAAGAGUUACAGGAAUGUCAUUAGAGUCUUACAAAGCCAAGCGUGGAUCCUCGAAGGACACUGGUGAAAGCGAUCGUGAAAGAAGAGCUAGAAAGGAGCGUGAACGCAAGAGAAAGGAGCGUGAUGAGCAGGAACGUGAUCGUAUUCGGUAUGAGCGUGAGAGAAUGGAGAGGGUUUCUGAGCGUGAGAAACUUGAACGUGAACGUGAUAGAAAAGAACGUGAACUGGAGAGAAGAGAACGUGAAAUGGACAAGGAAGAAAGAGAUCGUUUGCGCCAUGAGCUGGCUGAUGCUAAGAGAAAACUUGCUGAUAUGGCUUCCAAAGAAAAUGACUACAGUAGAUCAACUUCAAGGGACAGAUCAACGUCGAGGGACAGACCAUCUUCAAGAGCUGUUUCUGGCUCUAAGAAAGAAGAAUAUGACUGGUUUGAAUUCUUCUUGGAAGCUGGUGUUGAUGUCAACCAGUGUCAAAGAUAUAGCAACAACUUUUCGAAUGAACAGAUUGACCCAAGCAUUCUCGAAUCUAUCGAUGCAUCAGUGUUGAGAACAUUGGGCUUACGUGAAGGUGAUAUAAUCAGGGUCACCAAGUACAUUGACCAGAAGUUUGAUCGUCAACAGAAGGCGGAUGUCGCAGGUGCUUCGUCUACAUCGAACGGUGGUCUCUUUACUGACUCUACAGGUGCUUUGAAAGUUAACCGUCCUGAUUCUGCUAAUCAAGUAGCUGGUUCUCUUCCAUCGCCAACGAAAACAGCUGCACAACCACAACCUACUGAUGAUGAUGCCUGGACUGUUAAACCUGCUGUGAAGGCUGAGGCUUCCACUGCUCCUAUACAAGCACAGUUUACUGGCUCUAUGCAAGACUUGGUCAAUUUGAAACCACUAGAACCAACAAAAACGGCCUCUUCUGCAAAAUCAUUUGCUCCUACGCCUGCUACGCCUGCUAAACCAAUUGAACCAGUAAAGACAGGCACCAUUGCUUCUCAACCAACAGGCUUAGCUGCACAGGCCACAGGUGCUCUAUUGGAUCCUUUCAAGACUGGUGGUGGAAACAUUCUACCUUUAACGACUGGUGGUAUUGUCUAUCUCCCAAUUCAGCAGACUGGUAUCAUUGGGUUGCAGCCAACAAUUAUGCCAUUACAAAAGACUGGUGGUUUGGCCCCUGCCUUAACUGGUGGUCUGGUGCCAUUGCAAAAAACUGGUGGUCUGAUCCCAUUACAGAAGACUGGAGGAAUGAAUCCUGCUCUAACUGGUGGCUUGGUACCAUUGCAAAGAACAGGUGGAAUUAAUCCUGCUCUCACUGGUGGUUUGCUUCCAUUGCAAAGAACUGGUGGCUUGCCUCAGACAUCGUUUGGACAACCAACUGGUUUACCUCAGACAUCAUUCGGUACACAGGUUACUGGUGGUUUACCACAGACAUCAUUCGGGGCUCAGAUGACUGGUGGAUUACCACAAACCUCAUUCGGUGCUCAAAUGACUGGUGGAUUACCACAAACCUCAUUUGGGGCUCAGAUGACUGGUGGAUUACCGCAAACCUCAUUCGGUGCUCAAAUGACUGGUGGAUUACCGCAAACCUCAUUUGGGGCUCAGAUGACUGGUGUUACUCAGCCAGCUUUGGGUGUACAGCAGAUGAACCAACCUCCAACUACCUCAUUUGGUGUACAAAACACGGGUUUCCAACAACAGCAGCAGCAAUUGCCAUUCGGUCCUAACCCAACUGGUUACAGCUUAUCAUCUCCGCCAACUUUCAACACAAAUGGACCUAUAUAUGGUCAACAGAUGAAUAACUUAACAACAUCUUUCCAGAAUGCAUCUAUCUCAACACCAUUUGGUCAACAACCACAACAGCAGCAACAGUCAUUUGGCCAGCAACAGUUUGGCCAGCAACAGUUUGGUCAGCAACCAUUUGGUCAACCUCAAACUUCAUUUGGUCAAGCCCCAGCUCUGUUUAAUCAGCAACCUCAACAACAGAUGCCACAAGCAACAUUCGGAGGUUAUUCUCAGCAACAGCCACUGGAAGCGCAGCCUACUGGUUAUGGGUUUGGUAAUACACCAUCAAAUGAUGGUUUUAAAAAGGCUGAUCUCAGUAAAGCUUCGGCUGAUAAUCCAUUUGGAUUUUAG